AGGAGUGGAGUUUACUCCCGCUCUCUAUUCGAGGGCACACGGGGUUCAGAUCAUAAUGAAUUAAACUCUGACAGAAUACAGGUAGGAUUCUUGUGUAGUACAGGAAAGAGCAUGCUCAUCAAUACGCUAUUUUAUUCAUUCGCGGGAUGUUCUAUGUCGUUUUGGAGAGACACAGAAAGGAUAUUUCUGAAGCCGACAUUUCUUCUGUUGGAAUAGAAGACAAGACGCACUUCAACUUCGGAUUGGCUCGAGAGGAAACGUCGUUCGCUGCUUUGAAGCAUACUAAGUAAUUCAAUUAUUCUUUGCGGUGACGAAAAUUGAGUUUGAAUACAUUUAAAUCGAUAUCUUCCACACACACCGCUAUUUCGUCUGAUGUUUGGACGGCUAUCACUGAGCCGAAACUAUGGUGAUAGAAAUCCGUCACGGAUUUGACUAAAGACGCGCCGCAGAUAAAGGAAUAACAAAUCCUCAGAGUAACAAAAAACCUCAUCGCUGUCUGAAGUCUGAAGGAAUGGAGCCUUCCAUAGUAUUACUACUUAUGACACUUUUCGGUUUGGGUGAGGGGUCGUCCCACAACUACUCAGAGGGCCGCUCCAACCGCCUGCUGUCCCUGGAGAAGAUGUUUGGUCGUCCUGCGAAACACUCCCAGUGUCAUCACAUGUUGAAGCAUCUCCACCACGGGGCCCGGAUCACCGUCCAGAUGCCCCCCAACAUAGAGGGUCACUGGGUCUCUACCAGCUGUGAGGUACGUCCUGGCCCAGAGUUCCUGACGCGGUCUUACCGGUUCUUCCCCAACAACACGUUCCAGGCCAACCAGUUCUACUACAGGGACAACCACUGCACCAGCCCCACCUACACCCUGGUGGUCCGGGGACGGCUGAGGCUCAGACAGGCCUCCUGGAUCAUCAGAGGAGGAACAGAGGCUGACUACCAGAUCCACCACACACAGGUGGUGUGUCACAGCGCGGCCGUGGCCAGGGACCUGAGCCAGAGGUUAAACCAGAGCUGUCCGGGCACUGUGAGGAUCAAAGCACCCUGGGAACCCAACGUCAGCUACGAGCUGUGGAACGAGGAGGGCUGUGACUGUUCCAGAGAGAUCAACUUCUCCAUACACGAGCUACAGCUGCUGCGUGUGGAGAAACAGUACCCUCAUCAUAACUUGGACCACAUGGUUGAAGAGCUGUUCCUGGGAGACAUCCACACUGAGGUAGCCCAGAGGAUGUACUAUAGACCCUCUAGUUACCAGGCCGCGCUACAGAGUGCCAAGAACCAUGACCCCGGCUGCGUCGCCUGUCGCAUCAUCUACCGGUCGGAUGAGUUCCACCCUCCCAUCCUGGCGCCGCGGGCGGACAUGACAGUGGAGCUGACUGGCCAGUGGGUGAGCCAGCGCUGUGAGGUCCGUCCUGAGGUCCUCUUCCUGACCCGUCACUUCAUCUUCCAUGACAACAACCAGACCUGGGAGGGCCACUACUACCACUACUCUGACCCCAUCUGCAAACACCCCUCCUUCAGUAUCUACGCUAGAGGGAGGUACAGCCGAGGGACGCACUCAACCCGAGUUAUGGGAGGCACAGAGUUCGUCUUCAAAGUGAAUCACAUGCGUGUGAUGCCCAUGGACCUGGCCAUCACAUCCCUCCUCAACGUGUUCAAAGGUAACGAAUGUGGCACCCAUGGUUCCUGGGAGGUCGGAGUUGAACAAGACGUCACCCUGACCAAUGGCUGCGUGGCGUUGGGGAUCCGCCUGCCCCACACAGAGUACGAGCUGUUCCGGAUGGAGCAGAACGCCCACGGACACCUACUCCUCUACAACGGACAGAGACCCUCAGAUGGGACCAGCCCCGACCGGCCAGAUAAACGAGCAACCUCGUACCAAAUGCCCCUGGUCCAGUGUUCAGCUAGCAGCCAGAGGUCAGAGGUCGUGGGAGGGGAAGACGAGGACCAACCCCUGAGGCUGAGUAAUGGUGGAACCAGAAUGACGAGGAACCAGAACCGGAGGGAUGUUGUUGUGGUUCUGACCGCGCUGGUACUGUUGUUCCGGUGUUACAGCUAAGAACUGACAGUCUGGUUUUUCAUAGUUAAAGAACAGACCUAUUGGUUUUUGUACAUAAAGACACUGACUGUGUGGAGGACUGUGAACCGUGAGAGAGGACUCUAAUCUGACUCUACUUCGGCGUCUAACUUGAGGGAAAGGAGAAUGCUAGUUGCCUUUGAACUUUUGAAAUAUAUUUUAGGUCUCUUUUAAAAGCGAUGGAAGCGUUUAAAAGACAAGGUGGAGAGUGGAGAAAGAGUGGAGAGAGUGGAGAGAGUGGAGCGAGUGGAGAAAGAGUGGAGCGAGUGGAGAAAGAGUGGAG